CAUGUCUCUAUUACAGGUACCAUCCGUGCAAUUGUUGCAAUCCGAGUUCUUAACAAGACUUCAGAGGAAUACUGGUUCCUAAUGAAAUCCAACCUUUCCUACGUGGAUGGAAAUGUGGAGAUAAAAAGUGCUGGGAUGGUCACAGAAUACUUCCUGGUUCGACUCCAAAUUGAUUCAAGGAGUACAGACCUAGAGACUGUCGAGUCAUUUGAACUCUAUGGACACCGUCACACUGAUAAAGAACUCAUUCGUCAUAUAUACGGAAUUCUUGAUCAGCUUCUGCUAACCUUGAAACUCGACCUUUACGAAGACAUUGAUGGGGUAAAAGUGACUGACUCGCAUGUAAUUAAUCCUGAAAGUUCCCCUCUGCUCCCUGGCUCCGUGAAAAUGCACAGAGAGGCAAACACCACGGACCCGGACUCAGUUUUGAUCAAAAAUCAUUUUGAUCGAGCGGAUUUCUUGAACAUGUCAUCUGACAUUGAUUUGGACUUGAAAUAUUACGAUUUUGCGUUCAUUAAUAAGAGCCAUGGAAUGGUGACAGAAAGCCAUGCGUACGUUUCUGAACAGCUGAAUUUUGGAGAAGACAUUCAUUUCAAAGACAGUGUUGAUGCCUCCAUGAUGAAGAUAACUUUAACCAGCCACGUGUCGCUUCUAGAAACUGACGCCUUUUACCUUGGAUACGCGGAAUCUCAAGCGGUAAAAUACCAAUUUUUCGUGAAAUUGGUCGUGCCAAAGUCCAGCCCUACAUUUUCGGUUAAAGAACAGCCGCACAAGCCCGAAGGCGCUUCUAAAAACAGUGAGAUGUCGCCAAAUGCUUCCUUACCUGUCCACAACACAACAAACUCGUCAAACACAGCCUUAAAACGGUCUCGCAGAGCAAGCAACACCAUACGUCGAAUCUGGGAAGACGCCGAUCCUAUUUACCUCAGUGUCGAACACAGUUUCACAUUGUUUGAGAAGAAAGUGAUAGGAAUAAAUGUCAAGGGAGAGGGCACGGUUUGGAUGGAAGAUAGCAGCGGUAUCGAAAUAGGAACUGGAUUCGAUUUGGUUAUUGCAGGGAAAACAGUGUCUUUGUUAUCUAAGACGUACAAAAAAAAUGAGUUGGAAGAUGGAAAAGGCACACAAACAGGAAUUGAGGACAGGAAAGGAUUGACAAUCUAUUUUCCGGUACUGUUCUUGUCGAUCGGAGUGGAUUUCUACGUGGAAUUUAGAGUCAAUUACGAGCUGAGCUUUCCUCCUGGGGACAAUUUACUCAAUCCGGUCAAGUUAACUGUGGAGAUUCAGCCUUAUGCAGAAGCGACAACUGGUGUUGAAGUAUACCUUUCAGCGGGCGUUAUCCGAGGUGGCGUCUAUUUAGAGGGUACACUUGUACGUGUUGGCCUCCCUGUGACUUUGUCUUACCAAGCAGACCGUUUCCCAGGCCAGAAGUGGUGUGUGGCCCUUUCUACUCAGCUAACUGCCCUGGAGGUGAACGGUGGUGUUUUCUAUCAGUGGUGGAACUGGUGGUGGUGGGACUGGGGCACACGACACACAAUAUGGAACUUCGGAACAUGGGCUGCCAUAAAUAGAAAUUGGCAAUUGUUGUCAAGAUGCGGUUAUUGGUGGUUCCUUUCUCUUCAGACAAUCUAUUUUCCGGUACUGUUCUUGUCGAUCGGAGUGGAUUUCUACGUGGAAUUUAGAGUCAAUUACGAGCUGAGCUUUCCUCCUGGGGACAAUUUACUCAAUCCGGUCAAGUUAACUGUGGAGAUUCAGCCUUAUGCAGAAGCGACAACUGGUGUUGAAGUAUACCUUUCAGCGGGCGUUAUCCGAGGUGGCGUCUAUUUAGAGGGUACACUUGUACGUGUUGGCCUCCCUGUGACUUUGUCUUACCAAGCAGACCGUUUCCCAGGCCAGAAGUGGUGUGUGGCCCUUUCUACUCAGCUAACUGCCCUGGAGGUGAACGGUGGUGUUUUCUAUCAGUGGUGGAACUGGUGGUGGUGGGACUGGGGCACACGACACACAAUAUGGAACUUCGGAACAUGGGCUGCCAUAAAUAGAAAUUGGCAAUUGUUGUCAAGAUGCGGUUAAGGAGGUAUAUCACCAAGGCCUUGAGAAGUUACCUUCGUACCAAUCAAGGAACACUGACUUAUCAGUAGUAGACGUGUGACUGCGUGUGUUUGAACAUCUCCUUUCGGGAUGUAAGUGCGUUUUUUCGAGUCUAUAUAUGAGAAAAAAAAACCCGUAAUCUGUAGAGCCUCGGUGGCUAGCGGAAUUUCGCGCGCAAGUUUCAGCAGUGGUGGGGAGGGGGGCGGGAGGGGAAGCAAACAUGAGACGGGAGGGUUUCUUCGUGACCUCGCCGCUCUCACUGGAGGCCUCGCCGUCGAAACGAGGCACCUGCGAGCGAAAUUCCGCCAGCAACAAUGGUUUCCUAUUAGUGCUUAAGCGGGUCUGCUAAUAACCCGUUAGCUUAGAGAUUUUUGUUAGAUCGAGUGUUGAUUGACCAUAUCGUUAAUAAGCUUCUUCCCUGGAUCAGUAGACAGUGGUGGAACAGGUAAAAUAAUAACGUAAUUCUUUUCAUACAACUUCAAUGAAAAUACUGUAACUCUUUUUCAAGCUUAUCACUUCAGUAACCCCUUUAAAAGGGAUAGGAUAGAGGAGCGCAUGAAAACCAGCUAAGGCUGAUGUGGCUUUCUCUAUGAAGAUUGCAAUUAAUAGUUAGAUGAAUAAGUCGUUAGGUGCGUCCGUGCGAGAUAAUUUGAAAAGCUCUUUCGAAUAUCGAUCUAAAUGGCAGUUUUCCCUACCCUUUUGUAUUUAGGCGGAGCCUUCCCGUAUCCCCCACUGUAGGGAGUACCCAUCCCCAUUCCCUGGGAUUAAUUAGCUGUAAAGAAAAUUCACGUUUCAACGAGAAACGAAACCAGCAACUUUUUGCCGGUUCAGCACGGAUGAAAUGGGGUUUUGUGUGAACUCGCUUGUAUCUAAGUGAACCGGGUCGAGGCCAGAGGCCUGUGUGCGUGUCUGCAUGCAAUAAAACAAUUCCUGUGUCUCCUGAGAGUUUUAAAUAACUAGCGAGCACAAUAGCGAAUUUACUUUUCAGUCAGCUCGUUUAAAAACAGAUCGAUUUGUCGCCGUCAAGGACCGGAGACUUUUCCUAGAGAGCUUAAGCAGACCACGACGGUAACGGCACCAAACAAAAGAUUUAUUGAGUGGAACAAUAGCUGUGCACGUUUUUGUACAUUUCUUUGCCUUCCUCUGCACAACAACAACGUGAAAUGACUAAGUUCAGCGCAUUUUGACGACGGCAGCUGAUUUUCGUAUUUUUAUUUGGAAUUGAACUCUGGCGUUACAUAUCUAGCUUGAGAAAAGAUGUAGACAUCUUAUUAAGUAGAAGUUUUAAAAAGGUAACAAUAAAAUAUGAAAGGGCUUAAUUUCUAAUAAAGGUUGAAUAGCAAUCUCUCGUGACAGUAUGACUUUCAGACGGGGUAAGGUAUAAACAGCACGCGGUGAUUGUAAGAUUGGGUGUGGUUGCAAAUAAAGCCUAUCAAAAGAGA